AUGACUACUAUUCCUUCGAUUGCCUGUCUGGGUGUAAUAGGCAAAAAUAACAACCCCCUCCACAUAUCCAUCUUCCCACCCCAUUCACCACCCUACCCAACAUCCUCUUCCUCCUCCCACCCCCCAAACCCCAAUUCCACCUCCCUCUCCCCCUCCAAAACCACACUCCCAAUCCACGACUCCCUCCGCACCCCUCUUCAAUACUCGCUCCUACUAAGCUCUACACUCGAUAUCUUUGAUGCGCGCAGCAGGACGAGUUCUACGGGGCAGAAUUUGACGGGGGAUCUAGGGUUAUUGUAUGCGGUUGAUGAGCGGUUGGCGGCGUAUGGGUUUGAGACGAAUACGGGGGUGCGGUUUGUGGUUUUUGUGGAUGGGAGGGGGAGGGGGGUUAGGGGUGGUGGGAAUGGUGGGGGAGGAGGAGGAGGAGGGGGAAAUGGGGGGAAUGGGAAUGGGAAUGGGGAAGGGGGAGGGGGAGGGGGUGCGAAUAAUGGGACGGGGGGUGGAGGGGUUAGGGAGGGGGAUGUGAGGAGUAUAUUCAAAGCAAUGCAAGCAGCCUACAUACGACUCCUACAAAACCCCUUCUACGAUCCCGACGAACAUAGUCCUAUGAAUGGCAAGGGCGGGAAGAAAAUUGUGAGUAGGAGAUUCGUGGAGGAUAUGAGGAGGAUUGGGGAGGGCUGGGUUCCGGGGAGUGGGGGGGAAAGGGGGGUUAUGGCGACGGCGGAUGGAAAUGAGAUUGUGGAUGGAUAUGGAUAUGGAUAUGGAUAUGGAUACUGCGGUAUCUUGUGUGGUCGAGAGGAUUAG